AUGACGAACCGGAUGUCGAUAUAUUCUACGACCUCAUCUCCUGCUGGCCCUCGCUCUGCCUUGCAGCAAGCCACACAGGUCUCGACUACAACGCUACUAAACUCCCUCCACAACGCUUUCCUUUCCGGACAACCUUACCAGCAUGAUGCCACAACCAGUAUCGUCGUGAACACAGUGUCAACGAGCCUGAACCCAGGACCCAAUGGAGAGCUAGGCGGUACCAUCGAUGCCUCUAUUGCAAGGAGAGCCUGGGAGCAUGCUCGACGGAGAGCAGAAGACGGAUGCAUUGUGCUAUGUUCUUCUCAUCACAAUACGCCAUCUGUUUUAUCCCCCUUCCUCCUGUCUCUACCUUUAUCUACUCCAGAGAUCCUCCACAUAGCCUUAGCCGCAAUUCGGCCAUUCGUUUCUCAUGUCACGCCUUUUAACCCCUCCUGUUUACAGUACUCAUCAUUCGCUGUCACCUACACAUUCACUCUUACCGGAACAGUCACCGAUGUAACUCUAGCUUUGUCUACAUCCGGUGUUAAUAUUGCCGGUGGGCUGACGAGUAUUCCUUCUGAGCGCGGAUAUCGUGUUUUUGAUGUUUUCUAUUAUCUCUUGUCGUCAGCUUCUACUCCUGCAGAACGGGAAUUCUUAAGCCUUAAACACCCAGAGACAUACUCGUUACUUAACAGAUCACAGUCAUACGACCCUCCCUCUUACCUUCCCACCACAGACGAUGGUGCCGCAGCUGAGGACUUUCGAGCCAAUCUUAGGGCCCUUGGUAUUAAAGGCGCUGAGCUCCGUGGCCUCCUCUCUGUUCUUGCUGGCUUGCUUAAACUUGGCAACACUGCAGGUUUUCUGGUUGAAGAAGAGGAACUGGAAGACUUAUGUGAAGACAUUGGUGGCCUUCUAGAUAUUGACCCCAUUAUUCUCCUGAAAAAUUGCUCGACAGAAGAGCGGGAGUCGUUAAUUCUGGGACUAUACGAAACUCUUUUGGACUGGGUCAUUUCUAAAGCUAAUAACACCAUUCGCGCCGAACUUCAGGGCUCUCAUAACAAUGGCUCUAUUGAUAGUCUACCCGAGACUCCAAGCCCACUUUCAGAAGAAGACACGGUGAGUAUCACUGUUGUUGAGAUUCCAGGUGAACCGUUAGGCAAAGCGGUCUCUCUUAGAGGCGUUUUCGACGACUCUAUUGGUAUUAAUGCGGAAAUGAAAGAUGACGGUAUCAACAUGGUAAACCCAGGACAUUCGGUCAUCAAGGAAAUGGAAAAUGCCGUUGCAGAGGUGGAAGUCGAUUUUGGUAUCUUGAAUGGCUCUGCUGGCCGAUUGCGUGAGCGAGAGCGAGACAGGAUACAAGGGGCUCUUGAAAAGGUUGGAGUUGAAUUAGAUUCUACAGCAUUUUUGAAAAGGGUUCUGUAUCCCGUCAAUGGAGGUGAUCUGAACUUCGGUCAACGAGGCCGCUUCGAUCUUAAUGCCACCCUUGGUAGCAGCAGGGUUUGGUAUCAUAUUUCAGUUCACCCAACAGAUGAUUUGCCGGCCGAGAUUUUUUCCUUAUCCUCGCCUACAUCGGCGUGGUCUGCAGGUGCCGUGUCUCGACAACUUCGUUCUUGGAGACUCGCUGAAUGGGCCAACCGUCGGAAUAAACACCUGGACUUCACAGCAGACUUCGACAUAGAAGAAUUCGUUGGCCGAUAUGCCCCUCUUGGAUGUUUAGAAGGAAAAGACGGCGUUGAGAACUGGAUUAUUGAACGGGGAUGGAGUAACGGUGACGUCGUUGUUGCGAAGGAACGGAUUUGGAUGCGGGAAUCCGCGUGGUGGGGUGCAGAAUCGAUGCUUGAUCUGAAGCCUGCGGUGCCUGUUAACCCUUUCAGUACUCCUGACGCUACACCAUUUGAUGGUGGCUAUGGUGCUCCAUCGCCUGCCAAUGGCAGUGGAUUCUUUCCCCCGGAUAACAUGAGCACCUUGGGCAGCCGGGAGAAUUUGAUGAGCUUGAAUCGGCAAUCAAUGGGACCCAGGGCUCCUAGUGCUUUAGGUGGUCCGGCUCGCUCAAUUGCGCCUACUAUGAUGUCUCAGCCAGUACAAGUAGCAACUGGUGAUUAUGGCCUGGGACCGAAAGGCGACGAUCGACAGCAUGAAAACGUGUACUAUGAUCAAGAUCUUGGCAGAUGGACUGCCCUCGACCCUGAACUUGCAGAUCCGAAAAAGAUUGAGCAAAAGAAGAUACCUCUCAAUCGUCGUAUCUGGACUGGUUUUGUUUGGGGAAUCACAUUCUGGAUUCCAUCGUUCGUACUUCGUUACGUUGGUCGAAUGAAGCGCCCAGAUGUCCGUAUGGCAUGGCGAGAAAAGGUUGUUCUUAUGCUUCUGAUUUUCUUACUGAAUGCUAUUGUUAUUUUCUACAUUAUUUUCUUUGGUGACUUACUUUGCCCUAACAAAGACAAAGUCUGGACGAACAGAGAAGUUGGUUUUCAUCAGGGCGACAAUGAUUUUUUCGUCAGCGUUCAUGGAAAAGUCUACGAUAUCAGCAAAUUUUGGAAAUCCACUCAUGCUAAUAACAAAUAUCCUACUGGCAGGGAUCAAAUGAGGCCAUUUGCCGGUAUGAAUAUGGACGCCUACUUUCCGUUACCCCUCACUUAUGCUUGCCCCGGGUUCGAUAUUGGUACCAGUAUUCAAUUGCAAUAUAAUAAUUCGGAGGCUAUUGAGCGCAGAGAAGCUAUCCACAACUCCGGGCCGAUAUUCCAACCCGACCGCACCCUUACUAUGAAUAAGAUUGAUUGGUAUGGCAACACAUUUCUUCCUAGGAUGAAGGAAUACUAUAAGGGAGACUUGGUACACUCAAGAAAAGCACUACCAAAAGAAGCUGCGGACCGUUCUAGACAGUGGGUAGUCAUCAGGAACAACAUCUACGAUUUGACAGACUACUUCUAUACUGUUAAGGUUCAGAACGAAUUGAAACAAUAUGACUUUCUUCCUGCCGCAGUGACCGAUCUAUUCAAGAAAAAUGCCGGCACGGACAUAACAAGCCAAUGGAAAGACACCCGUGAGUUCGUUAAUAGUCUGAAUUGUCUCAACAACCAAUUUUACGUUGGUAAAUUGGAUUUUCGAGAGACGGCUAGAUGCCAGGCGAACAACUACAUUCUUCUGGCGUUUACGAUUAUUCUCUGUUCCGUCAUCUUGAUUAAAUUCUUGGCUGCUCUCCAACUUGGAACCAAACGAAAGCCUUCCCCACAAGACAAAUUUGUUAUCUGCCAUGUGCCAGCUUACACAGAAGGAGAAGAUCAGCUGCGAAAAGGACUUGAUUCCCUCACAGCUCUUCAAUAUGAUAACAAAAGGAAGCUCAUUUUUGUCAUUUGUGACGGCAUGAUCGUUGGUGGAGGUAAUGAUAGACCCACCCCAAAGAUCGUCCUGGACAUUUUGGGCGUUGAUCCAAAAAUCGAUCCACCAGCUCUUCCAUUCAAAUCCGUUGGCGUGGGGAGUGAACAGCUAAAUUAUGGAAAGGUCUACUCUGGUCUUUAUGAAUAUGAAGGAAACGUUGUCCCUUACAUUGUUGUUGUCAAAGUUGGAAAAGAAUCAGAGCAAAUCAAAUCAAAACCAGGAAAUCGUGGAAAACGUGAUUCACAAGUUAUGCUUCUCAACUUUCUGAAUCGCGUCCACCAUCGCUCGAUGAUGUCUCCAUUGGAGUUAGAAAUGUUCCAUCAGAUCAAUAAUGUAAUUGGUGUUGACCCUGAGUUAUACGAAUAUGUGCUCAUGGUUGAUGCUGAUACCAGUGUUAAGGAGGAUUCACUUAAUCGUCUUGUUGCAAGCUGUGCGAAUGACGCCAAAAUUGCUGGAAUCUGUGGUGAAACCAGUUUGCAGAAUGAGGAGCGUUCUUGGUGGACUAUGAUACAGGUCUACGAAUACUACAUCUCCCACCAUUUGGCAAAGGCCUUUGAAUCCCUUUUUGGCAGCGUUACCUGCCUUCCCGGAUGCUUUUGCAUGUACCGCCUGAGAAGUGCCGACAAAGGGCGACCAUUAAUUAUCUCUGACAAGGUCAUUAACGAAUACUCUGACGGUGAUGUCGAUACGCUGCACAAAAAGAAUCUCUUGUCUCUUGGUGAAGAUCGAUAUCUCACGACAUUGAUGACCAAGCAUUUCCCAAAUAUGUCCUAUAAAUUUAUACCCGACGCAUAUGCGAGCACAGCAGCCCCUGAAACCUGGAGCGUCCUUCUUUCUCAGAGACGUCGCUGGAUUAACUCUACGAUUCACAAUCUAGCAGAGCUGAUGUUCCUCAAGGACUUGUGCGGCUUCUGUUGUUUCAGUAUGCGUUUCGUCGUCUUUAUUGACUUGUUCGGAACUAUUAUUCUUCCAGCAACAACUGUGUACUUGGGCUACUUGAUUUAUCGCGUAGCAAGCAGAACCGGUCCUUUCCCAACAAUCUCAAUUGCAAUCCUCGCAGCCGUUUAUGGUCUACAAGCAAUUAUUUUUAUUAUCAAACGUCAGUGGCAGCAUAUUGGAUGGAUGAUCAUUUAUAUAUUGGCCUAUCCAAUCUACAGCUUUGUUCUUCCGGUUUAUUCCUUCUGGAAUCAGGAUAACUUCUCUUGGGGAAACACUCGUAUCGUUAUUGGCGAAAAGGGCGAUAAACGUGUAGUUGCUGUGGAAGAUGAAGGAUUUGAUCCCCGAAGCAUCCCUCUUCAACGCUGGGACGACUAUGCUCUUAUAAAUAACCUACCUGGCCGACGGGGUGGACAAGAGAAACAAUAUCAGCAAUAUUCCGAUGACGUCGGUAUGGAGAUGGAUGACAUGCAUUCGACAUAUUCUUCAGUCAAGCCAGCGUCCACUAUUCUCACCGGAUUCCCGAACCAAGGACCACACCACACUCCUUACGUUCUUCCACAAUCAACAUCUACUUUGGCUAUUCCUGGAAACCGGAACUCCCACAUGACUCAAUUCACUCCGUACACUGAUAAUCCUCAGGCUCGAAACUCGCAACAUCUUUCCGUCGCAAACUUGAGCCAUUAUCAGGAAAGUUCUGCAAACGCCAGCCGCUUGAGUGGAAUUGGGAUGUUGUCACCAGAUAGUCAAGCAGGUCAACGACAGAGUUUACGUAGCCCAUUGUCCCGACCUACCAGCACAAUGAUAGAUUUUAGAAACCCGCCGAAUCAGGGACCAGAUGAAACCGCUAUUACCGCUGCUAUCCGCACUUGUCUUGCUGAAGUUGAUUUGGACAGCGUGACCAAGAAACAAGUUCGUGCACUUGUUGAACAACGCCUUCAGACUACAUUGACUGGCGAUAAGAAAUCGUUCCUUGACCGCCAAAUCGACCACGAACUGGCAAAUAUGUAA